AGGAUUUGGAGGAUCACGAUCCACAAAAAGAUACUUACACCUGCUAGUCGAUCACUUUACCAGAUAUGCAUAUAUCUUGACUUCAAAAACCCAGAAUUCAGGAGACUUUAUAAAAUUAAUUAGUAAAGUGUGUGAUAACAAUAAAAUUGGAAUGAUCCUAUCAGAUCAAUACCCUGGUAUCAACUCGAAAGAGUUUAAAAAGUUCCUAAAUAAUAAUGGAAUACCAAUCAUUUUCACAGCAAUAAAUUCACCAUUCUCGAACGGCCUAAAUGAAAGGCUAAACCAGACACUGGUGAAUAAAAUAAGGUGCAAAAUGAACGAAACAGAGAAGAAAUCAGUGUGGACUACAGUAGCACAAAUUUGUACAGAAAAAUACAAUGAAACGGAACACACAGUCACAGGAUUUGCGCCAAAAUAUUUAUUGCAAGGAAAAAAUUUGUCAAUUUUACCACACGAACUUAAAGAGGUUGGUGACUUAGUAUUUGUUGAAAACGGAAAUCGACUAAAUAGAAAAAAACUGGAUGAGUUAAAAAUUAGACCAUUCCAAAUAAUAGAUAAAAUGUCGCAAUCAAUUUAUAAAAUAGAUACAGGACACAAAAAAUCAGAAUCUAAUCUGUACCACAUUACAAAACUCACAUCAAUCUUAAGCGGAAACACACAAAAAGAAACCAUCGAAACACAUAUAAUCGGAGUGGCGGAUACAGUGAGAACUAUAGACUUUUAG